CCCAGACUGCCCCGCGUCCCGCCCAAACACCCACAUUGCCCCGCGCGUCGCCAUGUUGCUGAGGCCGUUUGCCCUCCAGCUUCGCCGCUGUCGGUUUCACUCGACCGCCCGCGGGCCGUCCGGGGCCAGGGUGGCGGUGGUGCUGUCAGGCUGUGGAGUGUUUGAUGGCACCGAGAUCCACGAGGCCUCAGCGAUCCUCGUCCACCUGAGUCGAGGAGGUGCGGACUUCCAGGUCUAUGCCCCGAAUGUGUCGCAGAUGCACGUCAUUGACCAUGUGAAGGGGGAAGCAACUGCAGAGAGCCGGAACGUUCUGGUGGAGUCGGCGAGAAUUGCCCGUGGUCAGGUUCUGGACCUGGUCCGUCUCCGAGCCGAGGAUCACGAUGCUGUCAUCUUCCCUGGUGGAUUUGGGGCAGCCAAGAACCUCUCGACAUUUGCCACAGACGGGAAGGACUGCCAAGUGAUUCCAGAUGUCUGCAGAGUUCUGACCGAGUUUCACAAGGCUCAGAAACCCAUUGGGUUGUGUUGCAUUGCCCCAGUGCUGGCUGCCAAGGUGCUUCCUGGGGUAGAGGUUACAGUUGGCCAUGAGGAGGACGAAGGCGGGAGGUGGCCGUACGCAGGAACGGCAGCUGCCAUCAAGGCCAUGGGCGCCAAGCACCAAGUUACUGAGGUGGAUCAAGCUCAUGUGGAUUCGGAGAAUAAGAUUGUGACAACUCCAGCCUUCAUGUGCGAGACAAAACUUCAUCAGAUCUUUGACGGGAUUGGUGAGAUGGUGCAGAGAGUCCUGAAGCUGACAGCGAAGUGAGGGAGAAUUGGGGAGUGUGUGUGUGUCUGUGACCUUGUGGGUUCAUUUGUGUGUGUGUGCGUGAGAGAUGUUUUCAUCUGUGUGUUUCUAUUCCCACGCAAUUCCCUUGUGUGUGCGUGAGAGAUUGUGCGUUCAUUUGUGUGUGUGUGUGAGAGAUGUUUUCAUCUGUGUGUGUUUCUAUUCCCACGCCACAAACUGUAGCUAAGUGCUGCUUGGGGUGAUUCCUGGCUGUUACAGAGCGAAGCAGACGUUCAUUGCCCUGCCCUGUGACCACUGGUUUCCCAUGUACACGUGUGAUCUGCCACUUUGUUUGCCUUAAUUAAGCUGUAUUGAUUUCAGUAAUUGAAAGGAUUAUGUACUUGUAGCAGGAUUGUGUGAAAGCUAUGCAAUAAUGUCUCAUUAAACUGCUGUGAUGUGAA